AUGGCGCGUGAGAGCAUGCUUCAGGCAUUCUACCCUCACCAAACGUUGUUGGUGACGGGAGCCAGUGGCUUCGUAGGGAAGGUCCUGCUGGCGCAGCUUUUGAAGGCAUGUCCGGUAAAGAAGGUAUACGUUCUUCUGCGGCCAUCAGCAGGCCGCAGUGCUCAGGAGCGUCUGCUUUUGGACGUAUUCCGUAGCCCUGCGUUCGACGAAAUGCGUAACAAGUAUCAGGAAGAGGGCGGCUGGGACAAGUGGGUUAGUGAACGUGUAGUAGCUGUUCCAGGAGAUCUGCUCAAGCCAGACUUUGGUAUCCAGAAUAAGCACACAAUUAGAAAGCUACAGGAAGAGGUGACAGUCGUUAUCCACCUCGCCGCCAGCGUUCAUUUCAACUCGCCCCUCAAAGAUAACUAUCGUAGUAACGUGGAGGGGACAAUGCGCAUUCUGGAUUUCGCCAAAGGGUGUCCCUACCUCCAAGUCUUCGUGCAUACAUCAGCUUGCUACGCUAACUCCGAUCAUGAAGGGCGCGUCAAAGAAGAUAUUCUUCCCCUCCCGUGGGACACCGAAGAACUUCUGACAGCGGUCCAUAAGAUGAUUGAACUUCGCGACCACGAAGCCAGACACCCUCAGGUGGACGUGGCCAAACUGGAGAAGCAACUGCUUGGAAGGUUUCCCAACACGUACACGUUUACGAAAAGGCUUUCUGAGGCUUUGCUAAUCAGGGAUUGGGAGAAAGCACUUAUUCAUCCGGAAAAAAGCGAAGUCAAAUUUCCACUCUGCAUGCUACGACCGUCAAUCGUCGGCGCGGCCUACAAACAUCCACGGCGAGGAUGGAUCGACAACCUCAAUGCAACAGGCGGGAUGUUUCUUCUAUGCGCCCUGGGAGUUCUCAAGUGUCUCCCGGCAAAUCCAAAUUUGAUUGGAGACAACGUACCUGUUGACGUGGUGGCGGAUGCUCUCAUUGUUUCCGGCGCAGCUGUCGCCGCUGCCCAUGCAUACGCAAACCCGACAGCAUUGGCAACGGUGGCCCAUCCCGCAGCGGCGGCGUCUCUCGCAGCAGCCAAGUGCGUACUUCCUCAGUACCUUCCACAUGCCAUAAUACUUCCCAAAAACAUUUCGCCGGCUUCCUCGCCUCUUCCAUCCCCUGCAUCGGCCGAUGCACACAGGCCCGAAAGGGCAACGGACAGCGUCCUUAAUAAACGAUCACACGGAGCACCAGGCGUAUACGUGAUUCACUGCUGUACAAGUGAUACGAACCCUGUGCGGUGGGGUGAUAUUCUCUACUAUGGGCGCGAGUACAACAUGAUGAAUCCGUUCUUCAAUAGGAUCACCAGGGAUCUGCAAACUCCAUAUUUUGAAGGCGACUUCGAUGACUUCCGGCGGAAAUUCUUCUUUCUGCAACGGUUGCCUGCGGCGGUGACGGCGGCGAUCACAAGCUACUUGCUUCCGGCGUCUUCAUCUUUGAAACGAAACGCGAACAUGUAUCACUCUGGGAUUAAAAAGGUGGAAAAGGCAGCCGAGGCAUUUCACCCUUUCUCGUACCAUGAAUGGGUCUUCGAGCAGAAUAACAUGCGCAAACUGCAACACUUGCUCGCUCCGGAGGAACGCGGGCUCUUUCUGCUGAGAACAGAGGACCUCGACUGGCGCUCAUGGACACAUUACUUUUUCUACGGGAUCGCUCGCUGGCUACUAAAGGAACAAUCAGGCAAGUUGCAAAUGAGAUCUUGCGAGCCACCCCCUGCUCCGUAUGUAUACGUGAACCUUUUGUACAAGCACGUCCUAAAUGAGCCUUACAACCCUCCACCUUUUCUGGCUCGGCUUAUGCCAUAUCCUGAUGCGGUGACGUUCUUGAAGAACGCCGGGCCUCUUCCACGCUGUCCAUCUCCAUGGUCCAUCGAAAAUGCCGUCAUGGGUAGCAAAGCGCUUGCUUCCGUUAUCCGAAAAGACGCAAUUCUGCUCAGCAAACAGGGCCGAAGGAAGAGACGGAAGAACGCGAAACCUGCUGGAACGACCUUGCCGGAAAUCGAAGCAGAGGUGCGUGAGGACGCUCAGGAGCUCUACGAAUCCGUGGCUGGGACAAUCAAGCAUCCGCCCGUCUAUUUGCUUGGAGGAAUUCUCCACACUGCUUUUCUACGUCUUUUCGACCGCGUUGUUGUCGAACGCACGGAGGUCGAGAGACUGAAAAAGGCAGUGCGUGAAAGUCGAGGCCCUGUCAUUCUCCUUCCGACACACCGAUCAUACAUGGAUUUCCUCGUUUUGUUCUACAUGUGUCUCGGCAACGGCGUGCCGCUCCCGUUCGUGGCGACAGACGAGAGCUUGGCUCAGAUUGCUGUUGUCAACCGGUUGCUUCGGAACGUUGGGGUCUUCUUUCUACGAAGCUCCACCAGCUUCUGCAGAAGCAGAACUGGAAGUCCUUCUCUUCGAUUAUACUGCACAGUUUUGCAACAAUACAUCCAAGCGAUUGCCAAGCGCCACGGAUUUCUCCAGUGCUUUAUCGAGGGAGACCGGAGCAAAACCGGCUUGCUCGGAAGUCCACAACACGGUCUCCUUCGCAUGGUACUGGACUUGUACUUCAACUGCGAGCAGCCAAACAUCACAUUCGUUCCCAUUACCAUUUCCUAUGACAAGGUGUUGGAGGCGGAGUCCUUCCCACAAGAGCUUCUCGGUGGCCACAAGCCGAAAGCUGGCCUUCGUCGUGUCCUGAACGCAAUUCGCUCUACAUCAGGAACUAACCCAGAUUGCAAAGUGCAAGACGCGGAGAACGACCGCCUGCAGCAACGUUUUGGCGUGGGUUCGAAGCCUCUGGGUUCUGCGUAUAUAAAAAUUGCCACGCCUAUUUCGUUCAAGCUCACGGAGGAUUUUGCAGACCACCUGAUGGGCGUCUUGUCAUCUAACCUAAUCAUAUCUCCAACUUCUUUGGUGGCGACAAUUCUUUGCAUGCACCGUAACGGCAUUCGGGAAGAAGACCUGGAGGACCAAGUUCAAUGGCUGCGCGACCAAGUGCUUCUGCGUGGCGGAUUUCUUUCCCCUGGUGUCGGAGGCCUCAUGUUCGACGUGCGCUUGAUUGUGCAAGCGGCUCUCCAGACGUACCUUCGAGGAGUCGUCACGAGCAGCGGGGGCGGCUGGUCAGUCAUUCAGAGUCUCGCCGCGGGCGCAUUGGCUCCCUCGAGUUCUGGAUCAGCAACCUCUGGAGCACUGACCACGAUGACGCGACCGACAACUGCCGGAGGGACGGUUGUUGGGCCUGUAGGCGCUGACGCGCCUCGCCUGGUCCUUGCGUAUUACAGGAAUGAAUGCUGUCACUUGUUCAUUCUCGAAGCGAUUGUGUGCGCCGCUCUCUUCGCGUCUGGGCACGACACGGCGUGGGAGCAAGGCGCUGAAGGUGGAGCGCUGACCGAGAAGGCCGUAUUCCUUAUGGAACUACUCAAGGGACACUUCGCGAUGCGAAACGAGAUGAAAGAAACCGAGAUUCCGAAAAUUAUCGACCGCAUGGUUUCUCGACGCAUUCUUCGGUGUAUGCCUUCGCCGUCUGCAACGCCGAGCCACAGCGAAGCAAAAGGGGAACGCCGGUAUGUCUUCCAUCCCACCUCCGAGUCAACAGUAACCCUCUUCACCUAUUUCGUUUGGCCGUUCGUCGACAGCUACUGGGCAUGCGGCAUGGGCCUGUUUGCCCUGCAAAAACCGGAAACACCUCCGGACUCGACCGACAAUACGCCUGAGGAUCCUGCUGCAGAUCGAGAUCCGUCUGCGCUUGCAACGCCGCUGUCUCGAGCGAGAACCCAAAUGACCAAGGCUCAGCUAGUGGCGCGGGCUCACUGGCUGGCCGACGGCCUCUACAAGGAAAACUACGUUGCGCUGCUCGACAAGCUCUACACGUACCGAAAAGCGGCGACUAUUUCGGGUGGCACAACGAGCCCGACGGGACCCAAUUUGUUCCUCGUUAAGGGGACUGUGAACGUCGCCCGGUACACUGCAUGA